UCCGAUAUCACGGAGCCGCGACCGAUCCAAAAAAGAUAACAGCAGCCCGGGCCGGCAAAGGGCUUAUCCUUGGAUCAUGGCGGCUCCUGAAAGGUUUUCUCUCGUGUAUUCCCCCGUGCUUUGGCUAAAUAAACGCCGGGAACCUGAACCCACGUACGAGCCACUGGCGAGUGAAGACGACGACGAGCCGUCGCAGCCCCCAGACAUGAUGGUCAGCCAGCCGGGCCGCAGCCACAACGGUGAGGAUGCCAAUCCCCUGGCCAAGCAGGUUCUCCGCAAAAUCGACAUGAGGUUGAUCCCGCUGCUAUUCGUGACUUAUGGGCUCAACUUCAUGGACAAGACGAUCUUGUCGAGUGCCUCAGUGUUCGGGUUAAAAAAAGACACGAAUCUCGAGGGAGAAGACUACAGCUGGGUGUCCUCAGUCUUCUAUUUCGGCUACUUCGCCUGGACAUAUCCCACCACACUGCUCAUAGCCCGUCUCCCCGUUGCGCGGUACAUGACAGCCAACACGCUAUUCUGGGGCGUCGUCGUCGGCAUAACUGCAGCUUGCUCCAAUUACGGCGGAUUGCUGGCCGUCCGUUUCCUGCUCGGUGUCGCGGAAGCAACCAUCACGCCGGCAUUCAUGUUCAUCACUACUUCAUGGUACACCCGUGACGAAAUCCCGUUCCGGACUGGCAUCUGGUUCUCAGGUAAUUCCAUCGGCGGCAUGAUAGCGUCUAUCUUCGCCUUCGGCGUAGGACAUAUCGACGACUCUGUCGGCCCAUGGCGGUGGAUGUUCAUCAUCCUAGGAGUGGCCACUUUCCUCUGGGGCUUCAUCCUGUGGCUCGCCCUUCCUGACAGCAUCUCCACCGCCAAGUUCCUGUCCGAGGAGGAGAAGCAGUUCGCGACGGACAGGAUCAUCGUCGCUGGGACAGGCCGCACGGAGAAGACAGCCUGGAACUGGUCCCAGGUGCAGGAGUGCUUGAUUGACCCCAAGACGUGGUUCAUCCUGGCCCUCGAGCUGACGACGCAGAUCCCCAACGGCGGGACCCAGAACUUCGCCAACCUGGUUAUCAAAUCUUUCGGCUUCACGAGUCUUCAAAGUACACUGAUCAACAUCCCAUACUCGCUCAUCUCAGGCGGUGUCAUCAUGUUCACCGGCUGGUUGGCGGGGCGCUUCCGGCAGGCCAACUGCCUGCUCGUCGCCUGUGUCGUGCUCCCGUGCAUCACUGGCUCCGCCCUCAUCUACUCGCGCGAGCGCGUCUCGAGCGGUGUCCAGUUAUUCGGCUACUUCUUGCUCUCGACAGGCCCGUCGGCCAUGCCCCUCGCGCUGUCGCUCGUACAGGCAAACUAUCGCGGUGUGACUAAGAAGAUGACCAUGACGUCGCUUCUCUUCCUCGGCUACUGUGCUGGUAACAUCGCGGGCCCACACUUCUUCAAGUCUUCUGAGGCGCCAACUUAUAACACCGCCUUCAAGACUAUCAUGAUCUGCUACGCCCUGGUCGUCGCGCUAGCACUUGGCCUGCGGACUUAUCUGUCUUGGGAGAAUGCGAGGAGAACAAGGCGAGAGGGUUUCGAGGGGAGUGCUGGUUCCGCUGGAGCAGUGGGUGGUGGUAAGGUUGUGGACAUCGCUGGUGAUGCAAAUGCUGUGAAUGAGGUUGAGCUGAGGAGUGAAGACUACGAAGAUGUCACAGACUGGCAGACGCCUGGGUUCAGAUAUCGCCUCUGAGCUUUUAGCACAAGCCGAGGAUCUCAGAGGACUCAUGGUUAUACUAGUAGUAUGGAUAUACUAGUAGUAUGGACCAUGUGUGCCUUUGGU